AUGGAUCCCCAGACAGAGAGACCCAAGAAAAUGAACCCAGAACAUCUUAUUGCUGACAGGCAGGAAGGAAUUGGUGUCUGUGGCUGGAUCCUGGUUUCACUUUCAUUCCUCCUGGUGCUUAUUACCUUUCCUAUUUCCAUCUGGGCAUGUAUCAAGGUUGUCAGAGAAUAUGAACGUGCUGUUGUGUUUCGUCUGGGACGUAUUCUGUCCAAGAAAGCAAAGGGACCAGGAAUGAUCCUUGUACUUCCAUGUACAGAUACAUUUAUCAAGGUUGAUCUGAGGAUGGUUACCUGUAAGAUUCCUCCACAAGAGAUUCUCACGAGGGAUGCUGUUACUGCCCAGGUGGAUGGGGUGGUGCACUACAGGAUCCACAGCGCUGUCAGUGCUGUUGCCAACGUCACUGAUGUCCACUCUGCCACCUUGCUUCUGGCACAGACAGCCCUGAGAAACGUUCUGGGUACACAGAGCUUGGCUCAGCUGCUGGCAGGUCGUGAGGAGAUUGCACACAGGAUCCAGGCUACCCUCGGCAGCGCCACGGAGCAGUGGGGAGUCAAAGUGGCUCGUGUGGAGAUCAAAGACAUCAGGAUCCCAGUGGCCAUGCAGAGGGCAAUGGCAGCUGAAGCAGAGGCUGCUCAAGAGAAAAAAGCUAAGGUUGUGGCAGCUGAAGGAGAAAAGAAUGCUUCCAAAGCUCUCCAGAAGGCCUCCAUGGUGCUGGCUGAGUCUCCAGCAGGUCUGCCACUGCGUUACCUGCAAACGCUAACAACUGUGGCAGCACAGAAUAACUCCACCAUUGUCUUCCCUCUGCCUAUGCAAAUGUUUGGGAGUUUGGGGCAGAAACGGACAGGGGGAUAGAGACUGUUCUAUGCUAGCUCCUAGGCCACAGAUACUUAAAGGUUUUCCUAGGAAGCAAAUUGGCAGAGUUAAAGUAGAAGCAUGUUUGGGUCCUCUGCCCCCAAAAUAACUUUAAUAGUCACACACAGCUCCCACGUUGAGACUGCUUUUGCAAAGUUCAGACAAUAAGCAGUUCCAGCUUAGACUCACCUGCAAGUAAAAUGGAAGAAAAUAUGUAGAAUGUAUGUUAGCUCUAAUAUAAAAUUUUAAUGAUGCUUUCACCACACUUUACAGAGUCUUGAAUGUUGCAAUUAUUUGGUGAUUUGUUUGCCAGGUAAGAACCUCUGAGCUGUUGAUAUACUCCAGACAGCAGAAGGGUCAGACAUUGGUAUUUAACUCAAGCCUUGUGGAGUGGAAAGGAAGAAUUUGGCUCUUAACCUUAGAGGUAUUCUUUCAUAAAUAUUGGCAGAAUUACUGGAUAAUGCGUAUGUUAGUGGAAUGGCCUAUUCUUUAUCUCAUAUUAAUAGAAAUUAGUACUCCAUUUACUGACCUCAGCUGUAUUUUGCCAUAUCACUGACAUUUCUAUAAGCUGUGUAAUAAAGAGAAUGUAUGACCAGG